AUGAUUCAGGUAGAGGAUUUGGUCUCGUACCAGCUACGAACCAGCUACCUGACCGAGAUCGCCGACGGCGUAGGCGAGCGGCUGAUCACGCUCAACGACAACUUCCUGAACUCGGCGUCCUUCAAGGCCGCAGGAUGGCGCACGAACCCGUCCCUCAUCAAGCGGACGCACUCGCCGCCCAUCCCCACGGCCGUCGCGUCCGAGUACUUCCAGGCGCCGCGGGCCGCGGGCCUGACCCUCGAGGACGAGCCCGAGGACGGCGGCGGCGGCACGCUCGCCGGCGGGGGCGCCGACACGCUGGGGCCCGGCACGGCGACGAAGCGGCGCCGGCGGCGCGAGCAGAUGGAGGAGGACGACAGCAGCGACCUGAGCGACGAGAGCGACGACGAGGCGGACCAGCGCGCCGCGCAGCAGAUAAAAUUUGCCAAGAUGCCCGUGCGGAACCGCUCCGGGUCGUCGCCCAUCCAGUCGUCUAACCUGCGGCAGAUGACGACGGCCUCGUCGCCUCGCGCGGCGCCGCCGCGACGGGGCUCGCAGUCGGCUCUCGAGACGGUCAAAGAGAGGGCGAGGCGGGACACUGUGACGAGCAGCGAGGUGUCGUCAGAGAACGAGUUCGAUGCCUCUGGGUUCCAUCGGCAACGGGAGGCCGCUAGGGCAGCUGCAAAGGCUGUGCGAAUCCAGACGAAGAUCAACGCAGAGCCCACGAUGGGUAUCAAGAGGCAAGAGAGUGAUCUGCUCGAGGAAGAAGAGGAAGACUCUGACGGAUCGGAUAUCUCCUCUGUUUUCAACGAGAGCAUUGACUCCGCGUCCAUUCUAGUCGCCAAUGAGAACACCAUGCCGACCAUGAACGUUGCACCCUCGCAGCAGGUUGUUGGCACACCGCCACGAGAGUUCCGCAGAGCGUCAACGAUCAGAAGAUCACAUAUGCCACCGCCUACGCAGGUUGUCGGAGAGCUCCCGCCGCCACGGCCGUUAAGCACCAUCAGGCCUAUCAGCAUGAUCCAGCCGACGAGCUUGUUGUCCGCUGCUCUGAACGCGAAGAAGACGAAACCGGCAAUGCCUUUUGAGACUUUUGCGACGCUUUCAGGGCAGGGGGAGUCAAAUCCUAUUAUGCUACGUAUCUACGCUCCGUUCUCGAAGACGGCGUCUACGCCUUUCGAGGUCAUGAUAAGAAGAACAGUCCGUGAGGAGAAUACGGGGGAUCGACCUGUGAAUGUUGCCGACUCAAUUGGCCUUAGCCUGUGGCGCUACAACGAGGAGAAGCUGGAGCCCUCUCUCCCGGCGGACAAGCUGAAUGUCAACUGGUGGACACUGAAGAUGGUGGAGGAAGGUGGUGAGGUGGAUGAUGAUUUCCCGCCACUUGAGCGGACGAAACCGCUCACAUCUUUCGUGACUGCACCUAACAACAAGGAGGAUGGACCUCGCCCGCAAGCUGUCUCGGCACCAAGCAGCCGGCCCGGACGAGGGCGGUCAAAUACCAAGGUGUUUGAUGAGUUUGCGCUGGUGCAGGCCUCAGAGGAUGAGUUUGAGGAUAACCAAACUGCCACGCCGCAAUUCAACCAAGAGGAGGUCGCUGAAGAGGCCAAGGAUGAGGAAAUCACACCACGAAACACGCCAAUGUUGAACCCGUCGCUACUUGCACCCAGAGAACCGCGGGGCAACCCAGUUAUCACGACUACAUGGCGGUCUGAUACAGUCCUGGCUGAUGCACCACGUCCAUCCGCUCCAAUGCAAAACACAACAAGAGGACAAAAGAAGCUACUGCGCAUUCAUAUCCUCUCUUCAGAUAUCGCUCCUGGGCAGAUGGUCACCCUCGAUGUCACCACCGACACCUACAUGGAAGAAGUUUUGGACCUUGUCUGCCGUAAGAGGCAGCUGGACAAGGCCAAUCAUGUCCUCAAAAUACCCGGAUCGGGCGCUCUCGUUCUGCUAGAUCGCCCGGUAGCAGCAAUUGGGGCCAUCUCGGAUCUCGAGCUUUACAGGCGGCGCUUCGCUACAGACGGCCCUCUUACACUGACCGGAUCACCGAGCAGCUCGUCACCGCGGCCGUUAAUCUUCGCGGAGGCUCAGGCCGCGAAGAAGUCCAAAAAGGCCCAGAUGGGCAGCCAUCCGUUGGCCAAGGAAGCAAUUGCGCAGGAAGAGCUCGGCAAUGCCAACUACAAGAAGUACGUGGUCUGGCGGAAACAGACGAUGCGGUUCGCUACCAUGAACGAGAGAAUACUCGUCAUCGAUGGAGAGUAUGUCCACAUUGUGCCCUCGUCAGCGGGCAAAGCACUGGUGGAUGGCGGUGGGAAGACAACAACUGUACAUUUCAGCAACGUAAUUGGUUGCAAGGUGUCGAGGAGACACCCGACGAAUUUCAAGCUACUGGUUUUCAAAGCCACGGAGAGCAAGAGAUACGACUUUGAGGCGAGAAGUGCAGACGAAGCUGCCGAGAUUGUCUCGGAGUUGAAGAAAGGAAUAUCCCCAUACCGGGACGUCUGA